GCGGCUGCGGUGGCGGCGGCCGAGCGCGCGGGGUGGGGGCGCGGGGCGCGGCGCUCGGAGUCCACUCGGGCCGGAGGCGGCUCGGAGCCGGGGCCGAGCCCGGGAGCUGCGAGGAGCCGGGCAGCUCAGCCGGAGCCCGCCGCCCGGGACAUGGCCAAGGCGGGCCGUGCAGGUGGCCCUACCCCGGGCGGCGGUGCCCCCUGGCACCUUCGAAAUGUCCUCAGUGACUCCGUGGAGAGCUCAGAUGAUGAAUUCUUUGAUGCAAGAGAGGAGGUGGCUGAAGGGAAGAAUGCCAUUCUCAUCGGGAUGAGCCAGUGGAACUCAAACGACCUGGUGGAGCAGAUCGAGACCAUGGGCAGACUGGAGGAGCACCAAGGAGAAGGGAGUGUGCCGUGCACAUCCAACAUCCUCCAGGAAAAACAGAGAGAGCUGUACCGCGUUUCCUUGAGAAGACAGAAGUUCCCGGCCCAGGGCAGCAUUGAGAUCCACGAGGACAAUGAGGAAGUCUGCUCACAGCGCUCCUGCAAGACGCAGGUCCUCCUGCUGGUGCUGCACGGGGGGAACGUCCUGGACACGAGCUCAGGGGACCCAUCCUGCAAGGCAGCCGACAUCCACACCUUCAGCUCCGUGCUGGAGACGGUCACCCGUGCCCACUUCCCUGCGGCCCUGGGCCACAUCCUUAUCAAGUUUGUCCCCUGUCCUGCCAUCUGCGCUGAGGCGUUCUCGCUGGUCUCCAACCUGAAUCCCUACAACCAUGAGGAGGGCUGUCCCAGCAACAGCCAGGACCAUGUCCCUCUGGCCGUGCUGCCCCUGUUGGCCAUCUCCUCCCCGCAGUACCAGGACGCUGUUGCCUCUGUCAUCCAGCAAGCCAACCAGGUCUACGCGGAGUUCCUCGAGUCCCCUGACGGCACUGGCUUCAGUGGGCAGGUGUGUCUCAUCGGGGACUGUGUGGGGGGCCUCCUGGCCUUUGAUGCCAUCUGCUACAGCGCGGGGCCCUCAGGUGACAGCCCUGGCGGCAGCAGCCGGAAGGGGAGCGUCAGCAGCACCCAGGACACCCCAGCGGUGGAGGAGGAGUGCAGUCUGGCCAGCAGCACGCGGCUCAGCAAAAGCAGCAUUGACGUCUCUAGCGUGUCGGAGGAUGAGGAGCUCAAGAGACCGUUGCCACGGAAACAGAGCGAUUCCUCUACCUAUGACUGUGAGGCCAUCACCCAGCAUCAUGCCCUCCUCUCAAGCAUCCACUCGAGCAUGCUGAAGGAUGAGGCUGAGCCCCCUGCGGCGGGGGCGCCCCAGCUCCCUGAGGUCAGCCUGGGCCGCUUGGACUUUGAUGUGUCUGACUUCUUCCUCUUCGGCUCGCCCCUCGGCCUGGUCCUGGCCAUGCGGAGGACGGUGCUGCCGGGACUGGACGGAUUCCAGGUGCGUCCUGCCUGCAGCCAGGUCUACAGCUUCUUCCACUGCGCGGACCCCUCCGCCUCACGGCUUGAGCCGCUGCUGGAGCCCAAGUUCCACCUGGUGCCGCCCGUCAGCGUGCCCCGCUACCAGAGGUUCCCACUGGGCGACGGACAGUCCCUCCUCCUGGCGGAUGCGCUGCACACCCACAGCGCCCUCUUCCUGGAGGGCAGCUCCCAGGGAAGCCCGCCGAUCGUGGAUGCCCCCCCAGCCUCGCCCCCUCCGGCCCCGAGCUCCCAGCACCCGGAGCGGAGGAUAAGCCAAGGCAGCUCACACAGCGAGAGCUCGGAGUCCUCAGACAGCCUGGCACCCCUGGGUGCCUCCCGCAUCCUGGCCAAGUGGUGGGGUGCCAAGCGCAUCGACUACGCCCUGUACUGCCCUGAGGUCCUCACAGCCUUCCCCACGGUGGCGCUGCCCCACCUCUUCCACGCCAGCUACUGGGAGUCCACGGACGUGGUGGCCUUCAUCCUGAGACAGGUGAUGCGCUAUGAGAGCGUGACCGUCAAGGAGAGUGCUGGCUUGGAUCCUGCUGUACUGAGCCCCGCUAACCCCCGAGAGAAGUGGCUUCGUAAGAGGACCCAGGUCAAGCUGCGGAACGUCACUGCUAACCACCGGGCCAACGACGUGAUUGCUGCCGAAGACGGCCCCCAGGUCCUGGUGGGGCGGUUCAUGUACGGGCCCCUCGAUAUGGUGGCGCUGACAGGAGAGAAGGUGGACAUCCUGGUGAUGGCAGAGCCGUCCUCGGGCCGCUGGGUGCACCUGGACACGGAGAUCACCAACAGCAGCGGCCGGAUCACGUACAGCGUGCCGCGGCCCAGGCGCCUGGGGGUCGGCGUCUACCCCGUGAAGAUGGUUGUCAGGGGCGACCAGACCUGUGCCACGAGCUACCUCACGGUGCUGCCCCGGGGCAUGGAGUGCGUGGUGUUCAGCAUUGACGGGUCCUUCGCGGCCAGCGUGUCCAUCAUGGGGAGUGACCCCAAGGUCCGACCGGGGGCCGUGGACGUGGUCCGGCACUGGCAGGACCUGGGCUACAUGAUCCUCUACAUCACUGGGCGGCCGGACAUGCAGAAGCAGCGAGUGGUUUCCUGGCUGUCCCAGCACAACUUCCCACAGGGCAUGAUCUUCUUCUCAGAUGGGCUGGUGCACGACCCGCUGCGGCAGAAGGCCAUCUUCCUCCGAAACCUCGUGCAGGAGUGUUUCAUCAAAAUCAGUGCUGCCUAUGGCUCCACAAAGGACAUCUCCGUCUACAGCGUGCUGGGCCUGCCGCCCUCCCAGAUCUUCAUUGUAGGCCGGCCCACCAAGAAGUACCAAACCCAGUGCCAGUUCCUGAGCGAGGGCUACGCUGCCCACCUGGCGGCGCUGGAGGCCAGCCACCGCUCGCGCCCCAAGAAGAACCACCCGCGAAUGAUCCUGCGCAAGGGCAGCUUCGGCCUCCACGCGCAGCCCGACUUCCUGCGGAAGCGCAACCACCUGCGCAGAACCAUGUCGGUGCAGCAGCCGGACCCGCCCGCCAACCCCAAGCCGGAGCGGGCCCAGAGCCAGCCGGAGUCCGACAAAGACCACGAGCGGCCCCUGCAGGCGCUCUGCUGGGCGCGCGGGCCCCCCAAGUUCGAGUCAGUGCCCUGAGGGCGGGGCUGGGCACGGAGCAGUGGGGCCCUGCCAGGCUGCCUGCGGGGACAGGAAGGGCUGUCUUCUCCCCGACACAGGCCUGUUCCUGCUUUUUUCCUCCCGUGUCUGUCCAGCAGUGUCCGACCACAGCGGGGAGGGACCCUGCCUGGCCUUGGGGGCCUCCCUAGGCUGCAAGGGCGCGAGAUCCCUGGGUCUCGGCGCAGCCACCGCCGCCUCCCCGUGCCUGCAACUUCAAGCCCCAGUCAGGGUUGAUGUCUGUGUAAUCCGGGGUGCGGGCCUGCCGGGAGCCGGAGUGUUAGACAAAGUCCAUCUGUCCGAGUUCUCCAGGCUUCGGCGGUCAUGCCAAGCAGGCCCUAAAGGGAGAAGCCCCCAGACCAGGAUCUGCAGCCACUGACAGGUGUGGUUUCCCGGCUGCCUGGUGGGGAGGCGAGUGGCAUUUGUGCCCGCCCUCCCCGUGACAUCCUGAGUCACCAUCUCAGGCCUGGCUCUCUUAUGGCAAAGCGGCCACUUUCUGGGAGUGAGAGGAUGGCCCUGGGCUCAUCCUAUGUUCAGGUGUCCGCCCUGGCCUCCAGGGGGGGGUCUGGUGCUGGCGCUUGUCCUCCUGUGGCUGUUCAUGUCCCGCCUUCUUGUCCUCAGUAUCUUUAUCAUUCUCCUGUGGCCCUUGAGGACAGGUGUUCCUCUUCCAGAGUCCUGCCUGGUGCCCUCCCGUGUGAGGCUGCGGCCUUGGGCUCUGGCCUAGCUGGGCUAGCUGUGAGCCCUUGAGCCAGCUGCUUGCCCUCUCUGGGCCCCGCCUUCGUAUAUAAUGGAGAGAUCUCCCCAGCUGAGGUUAAAUGGGUGCGAGUUUUGACUCCUAGGCUAUCCCGCACUUCUACCCUGCGGGGCUUUUCAGGCCCAAGUGCUCCUCUGGGGGCCCAGUGUCCCCACAGUCUGAGAGCAGGGUUCUGGGUGGGCUCCACCACUUCAAAGGAAGCCUCUGGGGAGGGGGCAUGGGGUCCCUGUUCCAUGGAGAGGUUUGUUUUGCACUGAUGCCCAAACCCAGUGUCCCAGCAACAGAGACAUCCUCCUAGAGGGCGCUGAUCUGCACCCCCAACACUGCCCAGGCUGACGUCUCCCUUUUGGCUCCUGGAAGGCACAGAGCUGAGAUCCCAGAGUUUGGGGUUCAUAUCGUUUUGGCUCAAACUGUUGUACUCUCUUUCCUUCCAUUUGCCACUCAGCUUGGUUUGGUGCCCAUAACUUUCUCCUGGGUCAUACCCUGAGGUUGGGGGCCCCUCGAAGUCUGUCUGCGCCCUCUUGCUGCCAGGCCCUUGGCCUGGACAUUGGUCUCCUGGAGCCCGGGCCAGCCUUGAGCCCCUCGUGCCGUCACUGAGGCGGUCCAGCUCUCUCAGUGGGGCUGUGUCUUGGGCCAGGCCGCCCCAGGGCCCAGACAUGUGUACACAGCAGGCACUCGUCAGCUCAGUGUCGCUUCUGCUCAGUGUCUACCUCUUGCAGCUCCCACGUGGCCAGAGUCCUCCCCGAUGGCUGCGGCUGGUGGGGGCGGCUUGCACCACUGGCAAGCGGGGCACCCUGCUGGGGCUGGAGGAGUCCGGGCUCCCAGCCCCUAACCCUGCUCUCUCUACUAGAAACGUGUCUUCUCCAGUCUGCCCACUCCUGCCGCACCUGCCCACCUGCCUGCCAGCUCUCUGCGUCACCUUCAGCCCUGCACCUGCAUUUCAGGGGUGCCCAGCUGCUGGCAGGUCUCUGGGGAAGGGGUGAUCACCCCCCAGCUUCCUCUCUGGUCCUGCCUCCUGGCAGUUCACCUUCCUCUUCACAGGACCUUUCUCGGCUCUCCGUAGGCACCAGUUCAUGUGGCUUAGCCACCUCAUCCCCAGCCCUUCCCUUCCUUUCCAAAACACCCUGAAUGAAAGGUGGGAAGACUUAUUCUGAUUUCCUGAAACUCCCCGUUAUCUGCAGAAGCCACUGACGCAUCCCUCUCAAAUGAUAAAACAAUUAGCGUGAGAUACUGCUCCCCCUCUUCGAUUGCUUCUGCCUUUCCUGAGAACCCCAGGCUUGGAGCAGGAGCGAGAAAGCAUAUGGGGACACUGGGGGAGUUUGGAGUCCAUGUGAGGAUUCUGUGAUUUGGGAGUUUGGAGCUGGGAUGCGGGACCUGGCAGGAGGGUCACCACCCCCUUCCUUUCUAGAGCUCUGGAUUGGGGCUCCCAAGACUCACACCUGAGAUGCUGGAGGUGUACAGUGAGCUGUGAACACGCGCUCAUGGAGCUUUGCUGGGUGCGUCUGUGGUUCUGCGCAGUGACCAGACUCAGACAAUGUGGGUUUCAGUUCUGUUCUCACGGCAACUGGAACCAAUAUGCACUUUCUCUACUAGUGGCUUGUUCCAUUUUGUUUGUUCAGUUAUGUUGGAGAAAAACAGAGAACCAAGUCAUGUUCUCUGGAGGGGGCCCCUGCCUCUCCCCAAGUAGUUCUGUGACCCCAGUCCGGCUGUUUUCUAGAGAACCCUCCCAGCUCCCAGUGUGCCUGCUGCUCAGAGCUGGAAGACGGAUCUUCCCGCCCAGCCAAAGCUGCCUGUUCUCACGUGGCAUGUUUGUCUUCCCAGUUUGGUGGCUGUCCUGCCGGAGGGCCUGCCUGCUGCCUCCCUUUCCGUCUGCCCUGUUGGGGGUUCAGGGUGCACCCGCAGCCAGGGCUACUCUUCUGGCAUCUGGCAUCAUGGGUUUUUCUGAAGAGCUCGACUCCUCCCUUAGGCUCCGCAAACCAUUAAAAAAAAAGAGACUUUUUUGCAUUUGGAUGAAUGGCCCUCUUGCCUGGACACGGCUAGAGAAAACAUCUUUGAACCCUAGUAUUGAGAGAUUUUUGGGGGGGUGUGGGCUCUCGGAAAGGGAGGCAGUGACUAUGGCUUUCUAAUAACUCCUUUGACCACUCUGGACCCCCUACCCAUGCCCAGGAGUGUCCUGCAGACUGAGGUGGCACCAGGGUCUCAGUGAAAGCGGGCGUGAGGCAGAGCGCA